AUGGCGUGCAGUAAAGUGAGGAAAAUUGAUCGAGAGUGCCGGGUUUUUAAUGAACAAUGGACCAGGGAUUAUUUUUUUGUUCCAUGGAAGGACCGUGCCAUUUGUAUUAUAUGUAAAGAAAACGUGUCCGUGUUUAAAGAAUACAACCUUCGCCGCCAUCACGAAACCCGUCACAAGGAGUAUGCUAGCUUGAAAGGGGCAGCGAGAGAUGACAAAGUUCGGCGACUGAAAGGUGGGCUAGCAGCUCAGCAGGAUGCCCUGCUCCGUCAAUCACGGGCCAACCUGGCUGCUGUCCGAGCAAGCUACAAAGCAGCUAACCUACUGGCUAUUCACGGCAAGCCGUUCACGGACGGUGAAUUCGGGAAGGCUAUGAUGCUGGCUGUGUCUGAGGAAGUGUGCCCCGAGAAGACGGAUACCUUCAGAGGGGUGAGUCUCUCGGCACAAAGCAUGACUAGGCGAAUUGAGGAGAUGGGGGGAAAACGUCCUUGA